CGCUUCAAUCACCCUCCCCCACCUUCUUCUUCUUGCCACCGGAAAUGGUCGCUCUGGUUUCCCAAGACAAUGUGGUCGCAUUGGUUUCUCGCACCGGCCGCGAAUUGCAGCGUUACCGGAAAGGCCGCCGCCAAGUCGUCGGGUGUAUACCGUACAGAUACAAGAUGGAGGAGCAAGGUUCCAUGGAGGCGUCAGGAGAACUAGAAGUUCUGGUAAUCAGUUCACAGAAAGGCAAAGGGAUGCUAUUUCCAAAGGGAGGCUGGGAAUUAGACGAAUCCCAAAAGGAGGCCGCUGUGAGAGAAACCAUUGAAGAAGCAGGAGUUCGGGGCAUUGUUGGGGGUAAACUGGGUAAGUGGAGCUUCAAGAGCAAAACCCAUGACACCUUCUAUGAAGGCUACAUGUUCCCUCUCCUUGUUCAAGAACAGCUUGAACUCUGGCCUGAGCAGAACUUCCGUCAAAGAAUCUGGAUGAGUGUUGACGAAGCAAGAGAAGUGUGUCAGCACUGGUGGAUGAAGGAAGCAUUGGACAGACUGGUGAAUCGACUGAGGGCUAAUAAGAAGCUUGGACUAGAGAAACAAGAAGGUUCUUUGAAGAACAAUGGAGGAUUGGAGAUGGAAACUCUGAUGAUUUGUAAAUAGAUGAUGAGAAUUUAGUAGAGAGAUUAGAGAGGUUCUAUAUUUUGUCUUUUUCUCUCGGAUCUUAUCAACCGCGAUGAUCAGGAAGAGUAGGAGGAGGAGGAGGAUGAAAACCCAGGAUUUAAUUCUGCAAUUGUACUGCAAGAUGAUAGAAAGAUAUAGUAGUAAAUAAUUUUCUAGAUCAGAUCAGAUUAGUGUUUUGAGUCUUCUUUUCUCUCUCUGAUUUGGGUUGAUUGGAAUCUGAUUCCUGCAAAAAUCUUGUGUUAAUUUGUGGGGAUUCCAUCUGUAAUCUGUUGACCCUCAUAUAGUCAUAUCUCAAACAGAAUGCAGAUGGUCAUAAUUUAAAGGAA